GGGCCGUAUGUUCAGAGGGGGUGAGGUUAGAGUAGGGAAGGGGAGUGGAAAAGUUGAGAUGGUGGAUGUCACGCUGGCAGUGGGAAAUAAAGUGCAGGUACAUGGGUCUUUGUAAGUGUCUCCUCAGGUAGAUUGGGUGGUUGCGAUACAUUGGCCUUCAUCAGUCAGAGUAUUGAGUAUAGACGUUAUGUGGCACUUGUACAAGACGUUAGUGAGGCCACAUGUGGAGUAUUGUAUGGAAGCUGGAAAGAGUACAGAGAAGAUUCACGAGGAUGUUGCCAGGACUCGAGGGGCUGAGCUACAGUACAUGGAGAAGUUGGGCAGGCCUAUGGCCCUGUCCCACUGUACGAGUUCAUUUAAGAGUUCUCCCGAGAUUUACGGUAAUGGCCGCUCGUAGGUACUCGGGGCUCUCGUGGACAUUUUUCACACUGUUGAAAAAACGUCACAUAGAAACAUAGAAAUUAGGUGCAGGAGUAGGCCAUUCGGCCCUUCGAGCCUGCACCGCCAUUCAAUAUGAUCAUGGCUGAUCAUCCAACUCAGUAUCCCGUACCUGCCUUCUCUCCAUACCCCCUGAUCCCCUUAGCCACAAGGGCCACAUCUAACUCCCUCUUAAAUACAGCCAAUGAACUGGCCUCAACUACCUUCUGUGGCAGAGAGUUCCAGAGAUUCACCACUCUUACGAGCUUACCGCGUUUCCCGAGUACAUGCCGUUAGUGUUACGAGCCGCUAAGAGACGUCCCCGAGCUCCGACGUACCCGCUACGUACAUUCUAUGUGCUUACCACGAGUUUGAUUUUUUUUUUUUACUCGGGAGAGCUCUUGGGUAAACUCGUACAGUGGGACAGGGCCUUGAGACUUUAUUCCUUGGAGCGCAUGAGGAUGAGGGGUGAUCAUAUAGAGAUGUAUGAGAUCAGGAGGAGGAUAGACAGGGUGAAUGCACAGAGUGUUCCACAUGAGAACGGAAAACAAUUAAUCGCAACUUGAGGGGCAAGUUUUCCCACACAGAGGGUGGUGGGUGUAUGGAAUGAACUGCCAGAGGAGUAAGUUGAGACAAGUGCAACAUUUUAAAGACAUGUGGACAGAAAAGGUUUCAGUGGAUAGACAUUAAAUGCUGGAGUAACUCAGCAGGACAAGCAGCAUCUCUGGAGAGAAGGAAUGGGUGGCGUUUUGAGUCUACAUCAGGUCUGAAGAAGGGUCUCGACCCAAAACAUCACCCUUCACAAUUUGAGCCCAUUCGAGACCUUCUGCGUACAACAUUCCCUUUCACUCUCUGUACAGUUAAAGGCAGCACGGUGGCGCAGCGGGUAGAGUCACUGCCUUACAGCGCCAGAAACCCGGGUUCGAUCCUGACUAUGGGUGCUGUCUGUACGGUGUUUGUACGUUCUCUGUGGGUUUUCUCUGAGAUCUUCGGUUUCCUCCCACACUCCAAAAACGUACAGGUUUGUGGUAUAAUUAGCUUGGUAAAAUAGUAAAUUGUCCCUAGUGUGUGUAGAGUACUGUUAGUAUGCCGUUGUAGGUUCGGUGGGCCGAAGGGCCUUUCUUCCUUGCUGUUAGUAAUGAAACUAAACUGCAAAAGGCACAUACGCAUUAAAUGUCUUCAGAAUUUCUGCUUGUCUCUCGCCUUGCUUGAAGCAAUGGAUGCCAGCGUCUGCUUUAACUAUGUGUAGUGUUGUACCAGUUUCCAUUGUUCUUUGGGUAAGCUGGUGAUUAUUGUCGAUAUAUGCCUCUAAAUGCAAUAGCUGCAGACAACAUGCAGAAGAAAGAGGGCUGUAGUUGUACUGGGUGAAGAAGAAGAUGUCAUAUGAUGCCACAGGAAACUGUGCGGAGAGCACUGCCGGAUGUAGGUGGUUGUGUGACGUGUGCCUUGGUGCAGAAAUUGUUAGAAAAUGUGCCAUGUUUGGAGGUUCACUUCUGCGUGCAAUCACAGAGCUUCUGCUUUGUUCCCCGCACCAGUGGCCGAGGUCUGAGCAAGAGAAGGGGCCGUCAGAUGUCGCAGAAUGGGAACUUCACCACCACACAAGCCGGUGGCGGGCACAGGUCAAACGCUUGCUGUCUAUGUUGGUGCUGUUGCUGUAGCAACUCCUGGAGAGAAGAUGAGGAUCGAAACCGAAGGAUAUCUCACAACAUCACAAUGGAGACAUUGGAGAACUGUGACUUGAAUGCCAAGCCGACAGCAGAAGAGAUACACUUAUGGGCCCAAUCCUUUGACAAGCUGCUGAAAACACCAGCAGGGAGAAACAGCUUCAGAGAAUUCUUAAGAACUGAAUAUAGUGAAGAAAACAUGCUCUUUUGGCUAGCUUGCGAGGAUUUCAAAACCGAAGCAAAUAUAACUGCUAUUGAGGACAAAGCACGAACUAUCUAUGAAGACUUUAUUUCAAUACUCUCUCCGAAAGAGGUCAGCCUCGAUUCACGAGUGCGUGAAGUCAUCAACAAAAAGAUGGAGGAUCCGUCAAACCAGGUAUUCGACGAUGCACAACUACAGAUUUAUACCUUGAUGCACAGGGACUCGUACCCACGGUUCCUGAACUCUUCCAUUUACAAGUCUCUGCUCCAGAUGUCGACCAGCACAGCUUCAGAAUCCUAAAUAUUUCAACUGUACACGACAGAAAAAAAAGCUCAUUUUUUAAAAAAGUAAAACAGGUUCAAGGUCAACACCAAGAGAAGAAGAAGAAAAAAAAUUAAACUCAGGUUUAUUUUACUACUGAUUUCCUGUUGCCUGAAAAUGCCAGAAGCACUAAAAGACUGCAAGACUCUUGUGAUGGCUUAAAUAAUACUGAUUUUGGUCUUUCUUUUUUUUUUUUUUUGCAAACAUUCGGAAAUAAACCUAGUGGAAUGGGUUAGUUUUGCAUUAAUCUUAGAGUCAGAUACAAUCUCUCCCAGCAUAAUAUCUGAAAUAUUGUAUCAUCAGAUUAAUUUCAGAAUGGCUUUACGUGAAAAACGAAACCGAUAUUGAUGAGAGGGAUGUGUUCUUAGCCUUUAUAUUAGAACGUGACCAUGAAAAACACAAUUACACAAGAGAAUAUUUAAAACAGUCCGGCGCGCAUACCUACCUUUGUGAAACAUCAUUGUUGCUGCUAAUGGUUUUAUUGGUCUUUAAGGAUUGUCCCUUCCCAAUGGUCAUGAGCCAUUGCUUAAUCUUGUUUUCAACCCACAACCAUUUAAUACAAGAUUUCCUUUGGUUUGAUCAUUACAAAAGAACCUCUUAAGGAUGUGAAAAAUGAGAUGAUGGAGGGGUAGGUGUGAUUUCUUGCCGAAAAGGAACAUUCUUUGCCACAGGAGGCUAUGGAGGCCAAGUCAGUGGAUAUUUGCAAGGUGGAGAUUGAAAGAUUCUUGCAACGGGUACGGGUGUCAGGAGUUAUGGGGAGAAGGCAGGAGAAUGGGGCUGAGAGGGGAAGAUAGAUCAGCCAUGAUAGAAUGGCUUUGAAGACUUGAUGGGCCGAAUGGUCUGAUUCUGCUUCUAUACCUUAUGAACUUGUUGACGUGCAUGUCACCAAAUGGACUCAAGAGCAAGUGCACAAGAAUUGUUAAGUUUCACACUUGUGAUUGUCAGCAGAGUUGCCAAUUUUUUUUGCGGGGCAUUUCCCAAUUAGGCUGCAUCGGCAACUUUAAAGAAGACUAUUGGUAAGGGCCUGUCCCGCUUACACGGCCUUUACAGGCGACUGCCAGCACCCGUGAUAGGUCGCCGAAAUUUUCAACAUGUCGAAAAUUCAGCGGCAACCAGAAAGACACUACGACUCUUUGGAGACCUCGCACGACCAUAGGAGACCUCAAGACGAGAUGGAGAGACCAGUGGAAGUCAGCGGAACCAUCUAGGCUACACCAUUACAUCAAUGACCCCAUGGACGUCCCUGGCCAGGACCUGCCCCAAAAGCAGUGGACAACCCUCAACCGCUUGAGGACGGGCAUCGGACGCUAUGGAGUAUCGAUGAACAGGUGGGGCCUCGUGGACAGCGAGCUCCUCCUGCGAGUGUGGGGACCCAACACAGACAGUGGAGCACAUCAUCACCAAUUGCCCCAAACACCGGUUGGCCACCGAAUGGUGAACGAUGUCUGAUUGGCCUGGACGAUGACACGUUGGCCUGGCUCGCCUCAACGGAGCUGCAGGUCUAAAAGACACACGACAGAAGAAGAAAACCAUGGUCGCCAGGGGUCCCUGUAUGGUCGAGAGGUCUCCAGAAAGUCGUAGCGUCUUUCUGGUCACCGCUGAAUUUUCAACAUGUUGAAAAUUUUGGCGACCUAUCACGAUCGCCUGUAAAGGUUGCACAAGUGGGACAGGCCCUUUAGCCAGUUGUCUGAAACAGUUAUAUUGAUGAUAGUUUAUAUUUGUGCAAUUUUCUUCUUGGUCACAGGUAGUCAACCAAAGGGCUUUAAAUUCAUGAAGGCUUACCUACAAGAUGAAAAAGAUCAAUUCGAUAAUUAUAUUAGCAAUUAAAGAAAUCUCAUUACUACCAUUUUUUAAAUUAAUUGAAAAUGUUUUAAAGCACGGUUAACGAAAAUGUGUUAAAAUUUAAAUAAAUAACAUCGCUAAACUGAUGAACCUUGUCUUUCAUUUGAAAAUAUGGGGAAAUUGGGAUUAAAGCAGACAACUUACCAAAAGGUGUGAGAUUGUGAUGCACUAGUAACUCGUACUUUUCAUGCAACUGUCUGUUACAUGGUCUCUGCUCAUAGCCUCUGCUGAUCUUACCAUCCAAUUUUAUGAAUGGCUUGCAGUACCACUAAGAAUAAUCACCAUUGUCUGAAAGGUCCCGACCCAAAACAUUAACUAUCUAUGUUUUCCAGAGAUACUGCCUGACCCGCUGAGUUAUUCCAGCACUUUGUUUUUUUUGGUAAACAGCAGGUUCGCAUGUAAAAAAUUUUCACACAGAGUUGUGAGUCUGUGGAAUUCUCUGCCUCAGAGGGCGGUGGAGGCCGGUUCUCUGGAUGCUUUCAAGAGAGAGCUUGAUAGGGCUCUUAAAGAUAGCGGAGUCAGGGGAUAUGGGGAGAAGGCAGGAACGGGGUACUGAUUGUGGAUGAUCAGCCAUGAUCACCUUGAAUGGCGGUGCUGGCUCGAAGGGCCGAAUGGCCUACUCCUGCACCUAUUGUCUAUUGGUCUUGUGUGUGUCCCUGUGUGACAAUUGUUGCAGCUGUGAUCUACCUCCUCCUAAUGGCCACAGCAUACAACUGCAGGCACUUUGGGAGACCUUCUGCCCUAGAAAGCAUUCAAGAACGAUGGAAACAGGAGAGAUUGGCUCCGUUGUGUACAACCGGACUGAAGAAGAUGUCCACAGUAGUUUGCACGUUCGCCAAUUCUGUGUGUGAGGAAUCGCAGAGUCAAGAACCAUGGGGAUAGCCAGUCCAAAUCCGUGCAAGACUUUGUGUAGACUAUCAAAAGCAGCAGAAAUAAAUGACUUAAGGCAAGACUCAAGGACUUGGAUGCGAUGCCAUGAGAAGCUGAAAGAUCGAAAUAAGUGAAUGCUUUUAGAUGCCAUAUUAUAUUCAUUCCACCUCAACAAUCCAUCACUGAUAUGCAUUGUUAAUUAGUGUUCGUAUGUAAUAUCUCAGCCAAGUGCCGACAUAUAAACACUAGUAUCACGUCACCAUACACAUUAUUGAAACACCCUUUACAUUUCUCCUUUUCACUAUAUUUCACUCCUCUUUCCUUAUCCGACACUCAUCCAUCUUCUUUCCACCUUUAGCCUUUGUCACUUACAUCAC